UAUCUCUAUAAAAAUGAGUGUAAUGCACCAAACAAUCUUUGUGUUGUUACAAAGAGCUGUCUGUUAGUUGGUGCAAAUCGUCUCUCCCAUUUUUCCUCAAUCAUAUAUGAUAAAAUUUCUUCCCCCCUUUUUCCUCACUCUGCCUGUCUUAAUUUUUCAGAAUCUCAGAGUUGUGUUGCGCUUUUUUGUCUUCACAGUUUUCCGAUAAAACAUGGGAUCCGAUACUUCCGAAGUUGCUCUUGAUUUGUUUCCUUACCUUAAAGUCUACAAAGAUGGAACCCUGGAGAGGAUCGCAGGAGUAGAAGUAGUUCCCCCAGGGCUUGAUCCCCAAACCAACGUCUUAUCCAAAGAUAUCCUUAUCGUACCCCAAACUGGCGUCUCAGCACGGAUUUACCGACCCAACUUUGUUAUUAAAGAUCAAAAGCUACCCUUUGUAGUGUACUUUCAUGGCGGAGCCUUCUGCGUAGCUUCGCCAGCUUUUCCAAACUAUCAUAACAGCCUCAACAAGCUGGUUGCCGAGGCCAAUAUAGUAGCUCUUUCUGUCGACUAUAGGUUAGUCCCUGAGCACCCUCUUCCUACCGCAUAUCAAGAUUCAUGGGCUGCACUUCAAUGGGUGGCUUCCCAUAAGGAAGAAGAUGGCCACCACCAUGAGGGUUGGAUCAAGGACUAUGUGGACCUUGACCAGGUGUUUUUGGUUGGUGACAGUGCUGGUGCAAACAUUGCACACCACUUAGCUUUUCGGAUCAAGGAAUCGGAUCUGGGUCAAAGCUUCAAGAUUCUUGGCAUUGGAAUGAUUCAUCCUUACUUUUGGGGAACCAACCCGAUUGGAUCAGAGACUGCUGACGGGUUGAGGAAAGAACUGGUAGAUAAGUGGUGGUUAUACGUUUGUCCAUCUGAUAAAGGGUGUGAUGAUCCGUUUAUCAACCCGUUUGUGGAUGGAUCCCCGGAUCUUGCAGGGUUGGCAUGCCAUGGAAUCCUUGUUAUUGUUGCAGAGAAGGAUAUAUUGAGAGAUAGAGGGAGGUUUUAUUAUGAUAAGUUGGUGAAAUCAGGGUGGAGAGGGAAGGCAGAGAUAAUGGAGAAUGAAGGUGAGGAUCAUGUGUUCCAUAUAUUUAACCCUGAUUGUGACAAGGCCAAGAGCUUGAUGAAACGCUUGGCAGCUUUCCUCAACCAAGGUUCAGGGAAGGGCAUUGUUGAGUGAAAAACUAUGGGGUUGUUUUGUAAUAAAAUAAUUUCAUUUUCCAUCCCAAAUGUAUCAUGUGUUUGUCAAAGAUUUCUUUUCCAUUUUACCUUUUCUUAAAACCUUUGUUCGCUUUAUUCAAUGUGGUUCUACUUCUUUUUUUCUUUUUGUUGUAAUGUGAUCACUCUAACCUA